AUGUCUAACCAAGACAAGCAACACAAGAGAGGGUUCUUGUACAUUUACAAAGGUGGCACAGGAAACCAGAGAAAGAAAGAGUUAGACCAUGCAGUGGAGCAGGAUAAGAAAUCCAUUUCACGCAGUUGGUUGCACAGGAUAUCGAGAACUAGAACUUCAAAUGUUGAAAGCAAUGGCAACAGAGACUUAGACAUUGGAACAGCAGCAAGAGGAGGGUUUACUGAGGCAAGGAAGUCAACAUCUUGCUCAGAGUUUGGAUCACCAAGAGGAUAUGAGGAAGGUGGAAAUUCAGUGUCUUUCAAAGAGGCAGCAUCAACACCAGCAAGAGAAAUCAUAGUUGAGAAGGGAAGAAAAUCAGUGUCCCAUAUUGAAACAAAAUUUCCAGCAGGAGGAAUAGUUGAGGCACGAAAAUCAGUGUCACAAAUUGAAACAUUGUCCUCUGUGGCUGCAUAUCUUCAGGUGAAGGUUUUGGUCUCAGACAUGCCAAGUUUCAUGCAAGUGCAUGCCUUUCGUUGUGCCAGAAUGACAUAUGAUAGCUUGGAGAAGUUUAGCGGCAAACACAUAGCUCAUAACAUAAAGAAGGAAUUCGAUAAAGCCUAUGGUCCGGCCUGGCAUUGCAUAGUAGGUUCAAGUUUUGGUUCUUUUGUGACACAUUCAACGGGGUGUUUUCUUUAUUUUUCAAUGGAAAAUUUAUAUAUCCUACUCUUCAAGACGAAAGUCAAGAAGACGCAGGAUUAA